AUGCGCAAGAUCUGCACUGCCGAGCUCCUGAGCGCAAAGAACGUCAAGUCAUUCGAGCAUGUCCGGCUGGACGAGGGAUACCGAUUGGUCAGUUCUCUCAUGAGGAAAGAACAAGAAGAAGAAGAAGAAGCCGUUGAUCUGACCCACAGGAUCUUCGAGUUCACGAGUGCGUUUACGUACAGGGUGGUGUUUGGGGGAGUUGGUGUGAGGGACCGGGCAGCACUUGUGGCUAUGAUCAGGAAGGCGGUCACCAUGGCAGCCGGGUUCGAGCUGGCGGAUUUGUUCCCCUCGAUCAAGUUGCUACAUGCCCUGAGCUGGAACAGGGUUAAGUUGGUGAGGAUGAGGCGUAAAGUUGACGAGAUGCUUGACGAGAUGUUGAAGGAGCAUAGGAGGAAGGGAAGGAGUGGGGAAUUUGGUGGAGAGGACAUUGUGGAUGUUUUGCUUAGAAUGCAAAAGGAUGGGGGCCUCAACUUUCCCAUUACGGACGACAAUAUCAAGGGUGUCGUCUUU